AUGUUACCACGAACUCCUCUGCAGCGCUGGCUUGCCGCCGCCGCGGGCCUCUUCGUCGUGUUCUGGUUCUGGCCCAAUUUUGCCGAUUUCGCAUCCCUCUCCGACUCCUCCUUCGGCAGCUCAUUCACGACCUCGGGCAGCCACGGCGGCGCCGACGACCUCUCCUUCGUCAAGCAGGCGUUGAAGGACCACAAGAUCGGCCCCGACAUUGAAUAUGCCUCGCGCACCAUCCGCUACGUGCCCGACCAGACCGAGCGCAAAUCCAUCACGGAGAUCGACGACAACCUCUUCCCCGACUCCUUCUCCAACAUCACUAUCAGCAAAAUGGCGUCCCUGCCCGCCGGCCGAGUGGUCAAUGUGCACAUCAAGCAGUCGCCGCGCCCCGACCAGAUCGAUGCCUCCGAGAUGCUGUUUGCUGCCUCGACUACCUAUGCCCGGUUCAAGGAUCAGAAGACCUCCCCACUCAAGGAGUGGAAGCGCUGGCUCACCGACGGCAACGGCCAUUCGAAUGGGGCAGGCGUGAUCCUGGCCUUGUUUGAGACUUCGGACGGGGACCUGGUCGCCGCGGCGGAGACGCUCGAGUCGGCGGGCAUCAAUGCCACUGUGGUGCACUCGAAUCCCGACCUCAACAUGGCCGGGAGAUACGUCGACCUAGUCCACAAGCUGUACAAUCAUCCGACCCGGCCGCAUCGAAAGUACCUGGUCCUCAUGGACGACGACACGUUCUUCCCGCGUAUGCACGACUUUCAGGAGCACCUGUCCCAGUAUAAUCCCGAAAACCCCUUCUACAUCGGUACCUUCACAGAGCGCGCCGACUGGUUCCUGAGAAAUAGAGCCCCAUUCGCAUACGGCGGGGGUGGCAUCAUCCUGACUGCGCCAACUGCCGAGAAGGUCGUAUCCCUACCAUGCCUGGAUAAGGAGGAGGGCAAGAUGGGAGGGUUUGUAUGGGACUCCGACCAGGGAGACAGACUACUCUACAACUGCUUGUCCAACUUGACGGACAUCUCGCUCACUUAUAUGCCCACACUUCACCAGGCCGACCAGUUCGGCGAUCCAUCCGGUGUCUACGAAUCCGGCCACACCAUGCAUUCCAUCCACCACUUCAAGUCCUGGCAUCGCUUCAUCCCGGACCAGAUGCACGUGGUAUCCGACGCCUGUGGGGAAGCUUGUGUGCUGCAAAGAUUCCAAUUCAAGGAUAACUACAUUGUCACCAACGGUUACUCGGUUGCGCAUUAUCCUCAGGGGAUCGAUUUUGAUCCUUUGCAGAUGGAGCAUACCUUCAGCGCGGGCGGUCACGGUGAGAAAGAGCCGGACCUGGAAGACGUUACGUUCAACAUGUUCUACGGCUCGUUGCGCAAGAAUUUGGCGCACACAGGCAAGAAGAAGGGGUGGCAACUACUUGCAGCCCGCAAAGAAGGCGACGGGCGAGUGAAGCAGGUAUAUUUCAAGAGCUGGGGCGACGACCGAUGGAUUGGGCCCGGUGAGAAGAUUCCGGCGAAGGAGGAUGGUCCCCGAGAUAGCAUCGCGGUUUUGACUUGGAUACCUUAA